UCCGCUGAAAUAAUCUCCUCACAACCUGAAAAUUGCAUAGGGACAAUUAAGAAGCUACUGCACUUCACACUGCACCUCUCCGGCGUCCAUCUUUCUCCCGUUUUAUUAAAAUAAAUAUCUGAUCCGAAUCGAAGUGGGCGCACGGCGAUGGCUGCAUGGAUGGCGAAUUCCCAGGCCCGUUUUGGUCUUUGGCAGGCAUUCCUGUGCAGCUGUGUAAUACUGCAGCAGCAGCUGUCCUUGUCGGCGGGAUGUCCGUCGAGCCCACCACAACCGCAGAGGUCGCUGUCGUUCGACGCGGAGCAGCGCAAGGCGGGCCCUGACCUGAACGACAUGCUGGCGGAGGCGUGGCUGAAGAACCGCCAGGAUGACCGCAUCACCCUGACGCAGCUGGCCCCGAGCGAUACCGUGACGGACAGCCUGGUGUACCGGCCGCGGCUCGGGGAGAACGUGAGCUUCCCGUGCGAAGUGCCGGCCGGGAGCGAUGUGCGGAAUAUGGCCUGGCUGCAUCAGGACCGCACCGUCUUCGAAGCGGGACGACCGUUGGCAGUGCCGGCGGACGACUUGACGGGACGGUUGUAUCGCUUUCUCCAGCUCAACAACACCCUCCUCUUUCAAGUCCUCAACGUCAGCCUGGCCUCCAGCGGCUCCGUGCAGUGCGUCGCCCUCCCGUCGGCCCCGGCCGCCUACGCGCCCCGCCCCCGCGUCCUGCAGCGCUAUAUGCUGCUGCCGUUGAUCACGCGCCGCAGCGACAUCUUCGCCCCGACCGACCCCACCCACCUGACGGCCAUCGAAGGCGAUCCGCUCGACGUGCCGUGUGAUGUCCGUCUGCCCCUCCCGGAAGGCCUCCUACUGAACGCGCGCAACCACGUCAUCUGGCGCCACAACGGCCGCGUCGUCUUAGGCCCCUCGGAGGCGCCGUACGGGGCCAUCAUGCCAACCAGCGGCCUGAUGCCAGACCUCGAGGAUACCGCCUCGUCCAUGGCUAACUCAACCGACACGCCGUUCAUCAACCGACCCGGACGCUUGAUCCCCGGUAGGUCACGCUUUGAAGCCAUCGCAGUGACCGAUGCCGGACACAUACAGUGCAUGUUCCGGCCACACCAGGGCCUUCACGAGUGGAUAGUCCACACGACGACGCUGAGGGUGUUGGCCAAGAACUAAUGCUUGAAGAAUCAACCCCGCAUAUGCAUGUCUAAUCGCCAGAUAAUCAUACAUUUGCCAGUGUCCCGUAGAUAUAUGGAUUCGCUUCAUUUGUACUGGAAACUUCGUAAAUCGUCAGUUGUUAUGUUUUCUACAUCCUAACAACUUGUUAUCGUGGCCUGCUAAACUGCUGAUAUUAUGUUAAACAAGAAUGCGCGAGUUAGCGAUCGUACAAUGAAUACGUAUAAUGUAUAUAUAUACGA